GAAGGACUUCCGUGGGAAGGCAAGACCUCAGGCACUUCCUCCAGCGGCGUCAGUGGGAGGCAGGAGGGCUCACCGGGCAGACGGUUGCAACAGGGCGCGUUGGGGAGGCCAUGGAUCUGAGAGUCGUCCUCCUGCUGCCGCUCUGCUUCCCAGGUCUCCAAGCCCAAACACGUGAGGAGCUGAGCCAGCGCGAAGGAAGCAACCUCUCUGUGCUGUGUCAUUACCCAGCAGAGCAUGAGUACCAGGAUCUGAAGUCCUGGUGCCGCUGGAUAGAUCAGGGAUGUCAGUUGCAAGUGGCAAUAAUUGACACAAGAACAGAGCCGUACACAGAACGGGCCAGCCAGGGGUACAUUACCAUACAGGAUGACCCCAUACACAGGAAUUUUUCCAUCACAAUGACUGACCUCCGGGUAGAGGAUUCAGGCACAUAUUUCUGUGCUUAUAGGAAAGGCUGGCAAGACUAUGUUCCACUGAAGUGGAUCUUGCUGAAUGUUUUCAAGGAGUUCCACAAGCUGGAGUUGGACAGUCUCUCUGUGCAGUGCCCGUACCGUGACCUGGGCUAUAGCUCUGGAAGAAAAGCCUGGUGCCGAUAUGCAGGUCAGACUGGCAGGUGUGAACAUGUGGUGAGCACAGAUACCACUUACACAUGGAGUAUCAACAAAGGCCAGAAAGGCAGAGCCUCAAUCCAGGAUGACACCCAAAGGACCGUCACCAUCACCAUGGAGAAGCUGCAGGCACAGGACUCUGGCGUGUACUGGUGUGCACUCUACAGGCCCCACACAUCCAUUCCAUUCACCCGGAUAAUGGAGGUCCGGCUCUCUGUGGCCAAGCGACCAGCUGCAACAACGUUGUCAGUCACUACAGGAACCAGUCAAAAUUACCCUCCUGGCAACAGCACACAAGCACACUUAUGGAGCUUCACCCUUCAGGCCCUCCUAGGAUUCUUCAUCAAUAAGGUGCUGGUCAUCUUGCUCCUCGUUUUUCUUCAGAGAAGGGGAUGCUGCAGAAUAGAGAAACUCAGGACAGCAGAAGGCAGCCCUGGACAGCUGCCUGAGGAGGAAAGGAGCUGACGCCAGACCUGGGACCAAAAGGAUCUCUGUUUCCUAAGCCUGGAGAUAUGUCCAGAGGGAAAUCCCAACCUGCAAGCUGUUACCCUGAGCUCCAGAGAACCCAGGCCGGCCUCCCCCACGAACCGAGGCCCGCUUUCCCCCGGGCUCUCAGCACGGCAACUCCUGGGGCUCCUCAGGGCAGAAAGCAGCCCACUUCUGGCAAACCCUGCCACGCGGCCCAGGCCAGGCUCUGCCACCUGCCCGCCGGCUCUGCCAGGGGCAGCACAUCGCCACUUCUUGCCUCAGAGCUGGUGCAGCAAGCACGGCCUCACCACAGAGCGCCCACACUUCCCUCACUUCCCUGCAAACCCUCAGGACUUCCCCAUGGGCCCCUGCACCAGGGCCCUGUGCGGUUGUCUCACGUCCAAUAAACUGUGCAAAAGCCCA